CGCACCUUUUCCGGUAACACAGCACUGCCACCGCUGUGACUGAACGACUGGAGAGAGAGAGAGAGAGGAAGAGAGAGAGAGAGAGAGAGAGAGAGAGAGGGAGGAAGAGAGCCAGAGAGCGGCAAGAGCGGGGAGAAACGGCCCGGCGACAGGAGGAUGAUUGCCGCAGACGAAGGGAAAAGAGAAGAAAGUCGGAUGAAUCAAUGACCCUUUGAAGAGCUCUUUCUCUGGAAGUCCCGGCGCAGAAACGGGGCCGGAACAGGCGCAUAUUUUAAUGCGUUUUGAAGAAGAAUAACACUGCGCUUUGAAAUUCAUCGACUGGAAUCGGUUAAGGGCAAGUGUGGACAGCCCGGCAGCCAAGGAGGAAGUGGGAACCCCGGGCUUGGACAGGGCCUGAUUUGUACAGUAAAAAAAAAAAAAGAUAAAGCAGCAGAACGGAGAGUCUGGUAGGGGGGAUAGCGGUGAUAAAAAUGUGGAUUUCGAAGGAAGUUUGAAAUAAGGGGAUUUCAUUUUUUUUCUUUCUACACCGGAGGGCAGUGGAUCAUGAAAAUAUAUCCCCACCCAAUUCAGCGAGGGCUCCACACACACUGCUCCCACUGAAAGCUCACUCUCUCAGGUCACAUCAUUCCGGUACUGCAUCUAAUUGUAGCGAUCCGUUAACGAACUGUGCAAACUUGGGAGAAAAAAAAACAUUUGACACUUGUAUGAGCCCGCUUCUGCCAUCACGUGGAGCACUUUCACUAUAACUUCCCUUUCCCAUUGACUUCUGCUCUCUUGAGAGACGCCUCGUUUUCCUUCCAACAAAGUAUUUAUGUACAGAAAACAAGAUGGGGAAGAUGCUGUCAAAGAUCUUUGGCAACAAGGAGAUGAGAAUAUUGAUGCUUGGACUUGAUGCUGCUGGUAAAACAACCAUCUUAUACAAGCUGAAGCUGGGACAGUCAGUCACCACCAUCCCCACGGUUGGAUUUAACGUGGAGACGGUCACCUAUAAGAAUGUGAAGUUCAAUGUGUGGGACGUAGGCGGCCAGGACAAGAUCAGGCCACUCUGGAGACAUUACUACACGGGCACCCAGGGCCUGAUUUUCGUGGUGGACUGUGCCGACAGGGACAGGAUUGACGAGGCUAGGCAGGAGCUUCACCGGAUCAUCAACGACCGGGAGAUGAACGACACCAUCAUCCUCAUCUUCGCCAACAAACAGGACCUUCCGGACGCCAUGAAGCCCCACGAGAUCCAGGAGAAGCUGGGCCUGACCCGGAUCAGGGAUAGGAAUUGGUACGUUCAGCCCUCGUGUGCAACAUCAGGGGAUGGACUCUACGAGGGCCUCACCUGGCUUACCUCAAAUUACAAAUAUUAAAUGUUUCCUGUCACCAGCUUGGACUUUUGGAGGCAAAAAAAAGUAGCUGAGAAUGAAAUCAAGAGUUAAAAAAAAAAGCAAUCUGAAGCAAUUAACACCAUGACCUCUCUGCUGAGUGGAUAUGGAAGAGAGCCGCGAUUAUAUUUUCUUUAUUUUCCUUUUGAUAUCACUAUAAUCACAAAUUUCAUUUAAACAGAAUACUAGUAUUUUUAGCUGGCUUUCUUUUUUUCUAGAUUGCUUCUGAUCACAUUCUGUGUGUAAUCAGUUCUCCUUAAAAAUACAAUAAUUAAUUUUAGUGCAAAUUCUUUUGCUUUCCUACUUUUUAUUUUGUAAUAUUUCCUUAAGGACUUAUGGACAUACACGUCUGGUUCCAUUCAGUAUUCUCACAACCCAGCUACAUAUCCAAAGGAUGGAGAAGUCCAGAAAAAACAUUGCCUACAUCAGCACAUCACUUUGGUGGUACAAACUGCCUCUGUACUUUGUAAGAAUGUGUGUUCUGGAUGUGUUAGCACCUCCAUUAAAUAACUGUUUUCAUAAUUGAUUGUACUGGAGUGAAUGAGGAAACGUGUCGGUGCUUCUUCCCUGUGCAGUGAUUACAUCCAUCAUGUCUGCUGUGGCGGUUUGUUCAAAAGACACUAUGAGGACGCUGGAUAUUCACACACUGUGAUAUGGAUAUAUACUUUUUGUUGUUUCAGGGUCUCCGUCUGUUACCACCAGUCUUAUUAUCACCUUUUUGCCCUCUCUGAGCUUCCAUUACUCUUGAGUAUUUCUAGUUUCAGCUGCCUUAAAGGAGGUUACAGGUGCCCAAAAAACUCAAGACAGCUACUACAGCUGAAGGUAUGUUUCACUGCUGAGUUUGCACGUUGGGAGGGGAAGAGGGGGGUGGGGUCACCAGCUAGCUGUGUGUGCACAUUUUGACUGACUUUCGGACCCCAGCAAAUGUAAAAAAAAAAAUCCCCAACCCCCCCUCCAGCUCCAAUGUAGGUGCGUAUUCUUAUGUUUUGCUUUCUUUCUUUCUUCUUUUUUUAAAUCUAAAUCAUCUUCAGGUUCUGACACCUGCACAUACCAGCUUUCUGUCAAUAGUUUUCUGCUGUUUUGUUUUUGUUCCAUUUUUUUUGCCAUGCUGAUGAAAUAAAAAAAUAUAUCCAGAUCA